AUGGGAAGCUGUUGUUCUAGACCUACCAAAAAUAUAAGCGAUGAAGAUUAUAGAAACAAGUUAAAGAAUUCUAAAGUAACUAAAACUAGGCGACAAGUCACAAGAAGUUCUAGUGCUCUCAAGGAUAAUAACAUGGUUAUUAUGAGUACUUCUAUGGCUGGGGGAGGUUGUGGAGGUGGAGGGGGAGGUUGUGGAGGUGGAGGUGGAGGUGGUCAUCAUGGUGGUGGAGGUUGUGGAGGUGGAGGUGGAGGUGGUCAUCAUGGUGGUGGAGGUGGAGGAGGGUGUGGAGGGUCUUAA